AUGAGGUCAGGUGCGAUUCAAGUGUUUGGAACUGGGAAGGGGAAGAGAGGUGUGUGCUGUCACGAGUCGACUCAAAGGCCACCUUGUGUGGUCGCCCUCCUUCUACUCGCAGGCCCCGCUCAAGUGGAAAUGCAAGAGCCUCCACUUUGGGUUCCUCGUGUUCAACCACCUGCAUCGCCUCUGACACUGCAAUGCUCUCCCCCCCUUGCAUCAAAUCCCGCACAACCUCCUCCCCUCUCUCCCCUCUCCCCUCGCAGUGUUAUCUGGGCUUACCUUCCAUUUGUCAUCGGGCUCAACUUUGACUUCCUAGUGUUCAGCCUCACCAAGCACACGGCUGUGAUCGGGCUCAACUUUGACUUCCUGGUGUUCAACCUCACCAAGCACACGGCAUACCUAAUCUUCAACGCAUCCGUGUUCUUCUCGCCGCUCGUGCAGCAGCAGUACCACGCCAAGUACGGCGCAGAGGAGCUCAUUCCGGUGUCAGCCAGUGACGUGGCAUUCUCAGUGCAUGCCGUCGCCCUCACUGCCUUCACUGUGUGGCAGUGCAUGGUGUACAAUAGGGGAGGGCAGCGGGUGUCAUGGACGUGCAAGGCCAUCUCGCUGGGAGUGUGGAUCUUCGCUCUCCUCACCUCGCUGCACUCCUCCUUCCACCAUGACUGGCUCGGCCUCGUCACCACCUUCAA